AUGACUCCGUUAAUUUGGUUAUUGCCGAUUUUCGCUUCUUGUUUAGGUGCUCCGAAAAACAGCACAGAUAUUCCCAAAGGAAAAAUCGUAGGAGGAUUGUCAGCCGACAUUGAAUUUUUUCCAUAUCAACUAUCUUUACAAUAUCAAGGAAGACAUCAUUGCGGUGCUUCAAUUAUUCAUACAGAGUGGGCGGUAACAGCGGCACAUUGCACUAACGGUGUGAAAGCUUCCGAUUUGUCUGUUAGAAGUGGAUCUUCCUUUCAUAAAUUUGGCGGCCAAGUAGUUAAAGUGCUUAUGAUUAUCCAACAUCGUAGAUUUAACCACACAUCGCUCGACUCUGACAUUUCUCUACUGCUGCUGGAAACUGAGAUCAGAUUAGGGCCCAAAAGUCAAAUAAUCAAGCUUAUCGACGACAAUGUGCAUAUUCUAGAAUAUCAGAAAGCAGUUGUUUCAGGCUGGGGUGCUACUAAAGAGGGUAGUUCUAUGUCAGAAAGGCUCCAGUUUAUUGAGGUACCAAUAGUGGACCACGACGUAUGUAAGCUUUCCUAUCCUCAACUUACUGAUAACAUGAUCUGCGCUGGUUAUAUGGAAGGUAGAAUAGAUUCUUGUCAAGGCGAUUCUGGCGGACCUCUUGUGAUAAAUGAUGUUCUUGUCGGUAUCGUGUCAUUUGGAGAAGGAUGCGCUAGACGGUUUAAGCCAGGUGUAUACACGAAUGUUUCUGCGAUGAGAGCAUUCAUUAGGAAAUAUACUAGAAUAUAG